CAGCGCGGCCGUUCCCCGGCGCACCCGGCGGAAGGCGCGGGCGGGCCUGAGGCGCAGCGCGGGCCGAGCAGGCCGAGCCGCCGCCAUGGGCAAGCGGCAGCACCAGAAGGACAAGAUGUACAUCACGUGCGCCGAGUACACGCAGUUCUACGGCGGCAAGAAAGCAGACCUUCCACGAACCAAUUUUAGACGUUUAUCAUUUGAUCACUGCAGUUUGUCACUGCAGCCAUUUGAAUACCCAGUUUGCACACCAGAUGGGACAGUCUUUGACAUCCUGAGCAUUGUACCUUGGAUAAAGAAAUAUGGAACCAAUCCAAUUACGGGAGAAAAACUAGAUGCCAAAUCACUUAUAAAGCUGAAUUUUGCUAAAAACAGUGAAGGCAAGUACCACUGUCCAGUGCUGUUUACUGUAUUCACGAAUAAUUCCCAUAUUGUGGCCAUCAAGACUACUGGAAAUGUGUUUGCCUAUGAGGCAGUUGAGCAGCUGAACAUAAAACCAAAGAGCUACAAGGAUCUCCUGACAGAUGAGCCCUUCACUCGCCAAGACAUCGUCACGCUGCAGGAUCCAACAAACCUGGAUAAGUUCAAUGUCUCAAACUUCUUUCAUGUUAAGAAUAACAUAAAAGUAAUUGAUCCAGAUGAAGAAAAAGCCAAAUUAGAUCCAUCUUACUAUUUGAAAAAUACAAAUACAGAGACCCGAGAGACUUUACUGGAGCUUUACAAGGAAUUCAAAGGUGAUGAUAUUUUAGCAGCUACUAUGAAGGCUCCUGAAAAGAAGAAAGUGGAUAAGCUGAACGCAGCUCACUAUUCCACUGGAGCUGUAAGUGCUUCCUUCACCUCCACUGCAAUGGUGCCUGAAACUACCCACGAAGCAGCUGCUAUUGAAGAAGAUGUUGUGAGAUACCAAUAUGUGAAGAAGAAGGGAUAUGUGCGACUUCACACUAAUAAAGGAGACCUAAACUUGGAGCUGCACUGUGACAUGACACCCCGAACAUGUGAAAACUUUAUCAAAUUAUGCAAGAAGAAUUAUUAUGAUGGAACAAUUUUUCACCGAUCAAUUCGGAAUUUUGUGAUCCAAGGAGGUGAUCCAACUGGAACAGGAACAGGAGGAGAAUCUUACUGGGGAAAACCUUUCAAAGAUGAGUUCAAGCCCAAUUUGUCCCACACGGGACGUGGUGUUCUUAGUAUGGCAAAUUCGGGACCCAACACAAACAAAUCACAGUUCUUCAUCACAUUCCGCUCUUGUGCUUAUCUGGACAAGAAGCACACAGUUUUUGGAAGGGUGGUUGGUGGCUUUGAAACUCUGACUGCUAUGGAGAAUGUGGAAAGUGACCCAAAAACAGACCGUCCCAAGGAGGAAAUAAGAAUUGAGACAACAACAGUUUUUGUUGAUCCCUAUGAAGAGGCAGAUGCACAGGUUGCUGCUGAAAGAGAGAAGUUCCAGCAGGAAGAAGAAGCAGCCAAAAUAAAGGCUGAAGUGGUCCCACCAAAGAAAGAGGUUCAGAUUCCUAAAACUUACCGGCAGGGGAUUGGAAAAUAUAUCAACAUGGCUGCAGCAUCUCACUGACCUGUGACGUGAGGGCUGGAGAUCCUCGCACAGCCCAGCUGCUGCCCUCACCUCUUGGACGGAAUUCAAGUGUGGGACCUGCUGCCUGGCUCAGAGGAGAUGAGCUUGGUUUUCAGAGCUGACAUGCAGAAACCAGAGAAGUUUCCAUGAAACCCUUCACACUGACAGUGUUGGGUGAAGCCCUGGCUCUUGUUACAACUCCUGGGAUUUUGGAGUGGCAAAACCAUGGUGUGUUAAUGCUCACAAACAGGUGCCAGAACAACAGUUUAUGUGGGCAGAGGGAUAGGAUGUUCUAUCGUGAGCCAGCUCGACUCCCUCCUAGACACCAGCACCAAUCCUGCCCUCAGGAAGGAAUUAUGUACCAGACAGCAUAGUCAGGCCAUGGUAUUGCUGGGCAUGAGCAGCUCACAAAGCAAGUGAUUGCUCCUGCCUGUCAGGCUUUGUCUAAUUGUGGGACAGCAGAAAGGAAGAGCCAAGGAGAAGAGAGGAAAGGAGAAAAAAAGGGAAAAUGAUAAAAAGAAAAGAGAGAGAAGAGGAGGAAAAAAAGGAUAAAGGGAAAAGCCAAAAGAUGCAAAGGCAAGCAAUAGCAAGGGACAGCACUGCUGCAUGAUCAGGAAAAAGCUGGAAAAAGUCUUGAGGGACUCCCACCCCCUGAGAAGGACAGCUGGGCAUGUUGCCCAUGUCCCAUUGCUGCAGCUGCAUCUCAGAUAAUGUUCAUUGCACUGAAUUUUUCCUUUCGAUGCCAGGAGCCUGAGUAUUGAACAGGCCCAGUGCAGUGCUCAGCAGUGCGUGUCCCUGGGCUGGGGCUGGUUUCCAGCAGGAGCUCUCAGCUCCAUGGCCUGCUGCUCUGGGCAAUGCCCAUCAGCCAGGCACUUCAGGUCACAGGCAAGACAACCGCUGGGCUCCAGCAGCUGGACACAGCUCCAACACCCCACCUGUGUGUGCAGGCUGUGUCCCACCUCGCCAUUCUUUUGCAUCCGUAGUGCAACUGGGAAAAGCAAACAUUGAAAACAUUCCCCCCACCCUCUGGCAUAGCUGCAAAUGUUUCGUCAUGCAAACCUCUGCAUAAUGGUCACUGCUGGGCUGCUUUAACCGGCCCUGUGGGCUGGGUGUCUGCCUGCCAGGCCAGCUGCUGGAUUUCUAGGGAACCAAGUGUUGAGGCAGGUACCUUUAAUGCAGGCUUGUGGCCUGAUGUGAUCAGACAAAGAGCAGUGGACCAGGACCAUGAGUGCUUAGCUACCACCCUGUGCUGUGCUGGGCAGGAGCAAAAGCCCUUGAGCAGGAGAAACUGCUGCUGCCAAGAUGAGACGUGAGUGAGACAUCCACACCCAGAGUCCCAAGCGGUGAAAUGAGUCACUGCCCUGUGCCGACAGCAUCCAGUGCUGGGACAUGCUGGCCCCACACCCCUGUGGGUCUGCUCAGUACAGGAUGUGUGGCUGAGCAAGGUGGGGGCUCUUCUCUUGGCUACACUGCUCAGGAUUUCAGCCAGCAGGACCCAUGGUGUGGGGUGAAUCAUGAUGCCAGCCCCAUUUCUGCCAUGCUCACUUGCAUUAGCCUUUGGAUAACAAGCCGUGGGGCACAGAAAGUACUGCCCACCACCCUGCCUGCCCCUUAGCAUCCUCUUCCAUCUUGGCAGGGACACUGAGCUGCAUGGCAUGGCCCUAUAGACCAGGAAACACCAAGGCAAAUCCUCAGGUGGAGCUCAGCCGCAGCAUCCUCUCCGUGAGCAGUCAAGACACUGCUGAGCAUCAGGACAGCCCCCACCGACCCCACAGCAUCCUCCAGCCGAGCCCCUGUAGAAGAUGGAUCUCUCCAGCCAGUGCCUCAGUGUCACCGUGGCUGCAGGGAGCCUCUGGAGCUCCCAUGGCAGGAGGAGAUUUAGCAGCCCAUUGCCUCAGUAACACCCCCUGCCCAUGCUCAGCCGUGCCCACGGAUGCUGCAGCAUUUUGUAAGCGAUGGGUUUGCAUUUGUCCAGUGCCUUUUGCCAGAGGGAUCUCUGUUAAUGCUGCAAAUGUCACAUACUUAUUGGAGAUUACACACAUCAGUCACAUCUCCCAACCUCCACAACACAUCAGGUCCUCUGAGAUACAGUCACCCAGGGGAAUGAUGGACAAGAAGCAGAUGCAAUUACCCCAGUUGGGGUAUAGUCAAUAUGUGGGCAAAACCUCUGCUCUUGUGAAGCUGCCCAGAAAGUGUUGACUGUCACACAUCUUCAGGACAUUCCUUUCUGAUCUGAAACCAAUCAGACAGGACCAGGUAUUGCAUUUGUCUUCUGUAAAGCAGAGAUUACUCUAGGUCUUCAGGAAUUACCAAAUUUGAGUUGACGUUGAGAUGUAUUUCUAUGCAGAUGAGCCUUUGAUAAGUCAAGAAACUCACAGGUAAGGUGCAGCCAGGUCUUGGCAUUAACCAUAACAGAUCUGUCUCACAAAAUACAGAGGUAGCUAUUCCUGCCCAGACAAAUACAACAAUUUCUCCCUGACCCAGUAAAUGCUGUGACCAAGAGGGGUUUCUAAUAAAGGCCUGGGGAUCACAGCCUGUACAAUACGGACAGCUUUGCUGGAUUAGAAACCUGAUUAAUGGCCUCAGGGGAGAUUAGAAAUUGCUAUUUUGAGAGGGGGUUUUCAUAGCAGGCUCUCUGUAAUCACCGGUGCCAGCAGGACAGCCUUAUCCUGGCUGUUUUCUGGGGGAGCUGCCACUUCUGGGAGCCCCGGGAGGCCAGACCAGGGAGAAACAUUUGUCUCUGCUAAUAGCUGUGUUUAUGUUUGCUGCAGAGCUCAUCGCUGGCUGACCACAGCAAUUACACGGGGGAGGCAUAUUUACAUGUUUUAACUCUGAAACACUGAGCAAACAAGGCAAGAUAAUCAUUAACUUCGGGAGCUGUUAACCUUCAGCAUGAGUUUUGGCCAGUAAAGGAGAGAUCUGCCAGAGCAAGGUCUCUAUUUUAGUAAACAUUGAAAGAGUGACGUGAGAAAGCUUUUGUUUUUGUAUAUUAUGAGUCGGUAAUUAAAGGGCAUUAAUUUGUGUCUCCAGCCUCAAUGCUGUGAGAAAACUUUUCAUUGCAGAGGAGAGGAAUAAAUUUGGGGAAAAGCACUAUUUAAAAAAAAUAAAAUCCAUUGGCUUCAUCAGCUUGGGAGCAGGAGGAGAGGGGCAGUAAAGUGUGCCAUUGCUGGGAGGCUAUGGGUCUGCAGCUCAUACGUGCUCAUUUGCAGUUGAUUAUCAUGCCAAAGAAACUGUAUUUAGACCUAAAACUUGCUGCAGGAGCUUAAUCAGUAAAGCAGCGAUAGUUCAGGUGCAAAGAGCAGCACCUUGUCCUCUGCCCUUGCGGUUCAGGGACUGGCCAUGCUGGCUCCCAGCACAUCCAGCCAGGUAAGGUGGGAGCACAGUGGCUCCCUCGGGUUGGUUCAGCACUAGAUCAAACACCGUGAAAUAUCCUUCUCAUGGCUGCCCCUCGGGUAACACAUUCUGUGGGGGAAAGAAGAGGAACAACGAAAAAGCAAAAUUCUGCAGACUUUGGACUGUUAUGGGUAUCAUAAAGAAGUGGGGAAUUGAGGAAGGAGGAAGAUAAAAGAGGAAGAAAAGAAGGGAAGAUAAUUUAAGUGGACAAGCAGAAGCAGAUUUUCAAUUUUAUCAGUUAUAGUUGAUAAGAAAGUGGAGCAUGCCAGACAGUCAAUAGUGCUUGUUUGACCACCAGUGGGAAACAGAUGAUAAAUUCAUCUGUAAGGAGAUUAUGGCCAGAAACAGCCUCUUGCCCCAACCAGCAGCUGCUGGGAGCUGUGGGUUGCCAGCCCAGCCUGACCUCGGGCAGUGCACAGGAGGCUCCGCUCGCUGCCCAGCACAGGCUAUUGGGGCAGGGGCACAUCCUUCCCCACAGAGCACACAAAAAGCAGUGUCAUUUGCUAUUUAACACAAGGCAUGGAGAGGGAUAGUUUUGCGAGAAGCCUGAAGUGUCACAACAUGUCACAUUUUCCCACAGAUUUGCACCUGUGCUCGGUCUGCAGGGCAGGGCAGCUGUCGGAGCCGUACUGAUCCAGCUCUUUCCUGGGCAGAGCCACCCGCGCAGCACUCAGCGGUCAGUCCUCACCCUCCUGUCCCAGUGCCCCACAUACUUUCACACACAGCACUCAGCACAUGCCUCUCUAAGUGGUUUCACAGUGUUCCAAUUUAACAGAAUAAACGUUUACUGUGAUAACAUCA